UGGAGUGAGAGGGGGAAAAAGGAGAGUGAGGAAACACUGAUCCAAAAUUUUAAACAUUUUAAAGAGAAAACCAGAAGAAACUUCAUAUAAACUGCUGACAAACUUGUGUUGAAGAAGAGAGAAGAUAAGUACUGCACCUGGAACUCAAUUCAAAUAAAGAAGCUGCAAAAGACAGGAGUAAUCUUAGUUGCCUCUUAAAUAUCUUUAAUAACGGAAUUUUUGUGGAGAAUCAGAUAUUUGCAAUAGAACUUCCAGAAACAUACAAAAUGAACAAGAAGGAUGAACCCCUGAGUUAUGAAGAAGCCAUAAACAAGGCGGCUAAUGCAAUUUAUCGUUUUCCUCUGAUUGAGGUGCAAGGUGUACCUCUCAUGAACUGGGUUGCUCAAAACUGGAGCUCUGUUUGGGCUUUCUGCCCCAAUCCAUCUGAUUUGCUCAUCUCCACCUACCCUAAAGCAGGUACAACAUGGACCCAGGAAAUAGUCGAUCUGUUGCUGCACAAUGGAGACGCUGAGAUUUGCGGGAGAGCUCCAACUGUUGUACGGAGCCCGUUUCUUGAGAUGAAUUCUCCUCCUCCUAUUCCAUCAGAGGGCUACUGCGUGACGUCACCGUACCGCGAGAUUGUGCUAGGGCGCCAUACUGGAAGACCAGGAAUGGAUCUCCUAAAAACAAUGAAACCUCCCAGAUUGAUCAAGACACAUCUACCCAUACAGCUGGUGCCUGAAGGAUUCUGGGAAAAUAAAUGCAAGGUUAUUUAUGUGGCUCGAAAUGCCAAAGACAACCUAGUCAGCUACUACCACUUUGACCAAAUGAAUCUGACUCAGCCAGAACCAGGAUCAUGGGAAGAAUAUAUCCAGAAGUUCAUGAAGGGAAAAUUGGGCUGGGGAUCUUGGUACGACCAUGUUAAAGGUUACUGGAAAGAAAGAGAGAAGAGGAAUAUUCUUUACCUUUUCUAUGAGGACAUGAAAGAGAACCCUCGUCGAGAAAUAGUGAGGAUUAUGCAGUACCUGGACCUGUCACUAUCUGAUGAUAUCAUCAACAAGGUCAUGGAGUUGACAUCCUUUAAUGUGAUGAAGAACAACCCAAUGGCCAACUACUCUUUCAUCCCAAAGCCAGUAUUUGACAAUUCCAUCUCUGCUUUCAUGAGAAAAGGAGAGGUUGGAGACUGGACCAACUACUUCACACCAGCUCAGUCUCAAAUGUUUGAUGAAGACUAUGCCAGACAAAUGGCUGAUGUGGACAUUCCCUUUCGCACCAACAUAUGAAAGAUCUCACCGAGAACCUAUUCUAAGAUAAAACACUACAUUAAACAUGGAUAUGCAAAAAUAAUUUGGACAGUUGUGACAAAACUCAUAGAAAGUAUUACUUUAUGAAGGAUUUGUGAAAAAACUCUUAACAAUCUCUGCAUAAUCUCAUGCAACAUAAUUUUGUACAAACUUUAUUCAUUAUCAGUUGUAGAUCUAUUACUUUUCUGAUCCAAACUUGCUGGUCCUGUUAUGGCAAAAUAUUUUGCUAUGAUUAAUGUAUGGAAAUGACAGAAAUAUGCCAUGCAGUUUAUAUUCUGAAA